CUCCAAAAUACACCGAGUGAGGGAAAUAACAACAACUCCCCAUGGCUCACCGCACUAAGUUACCCACUACUUAACCAUCGUGGAGUCGGAUUUUUCCUCACAUCGGUUUUUUAGUAGAGAGUAUUUUACGUCACCCGGAAAGGAAGGAAGAAGUCUGCUGUUAGCUAGGAAGCUAUAAUCAGGUAGCAGACAAACUCCAUUAUCCUAAACAAAAAGCACGUGAAGCGGCUUCAUUAAUAACAUAUGGUCGCCACUCAGCUCUAACAGAAAACUUUUUGUUCGAAUCAUUUUCAUUUAAUCUUUUCAUUUCUUUCGGCGAAUAUCGGAAGUCUGAAUUGCGAGUCAACCUUCAGGCCCCGCGACCUUCGGCCCAGUUGUCGCGUCACCGGUAUGUUCCCUCUGGACUCGCCGUGGAACAUCUCGUUCGCAGGAUGCGGCUUCCUCGGCAUCUACCACGUGGGUGUGGCCAGCUGCCUGGUGGAGCAGGCUCCUUUCCUGGUGCAGAACGCCAGGCACAUCUACGGAGCGUCGGCCGGGGCGCUCACCGCCACUGCGCUGGUCACCGGGAUCUGUCUCGGUGAGACUGGCGCAAACAUCAUUGAUGUUGCCAAAGAGGCGAGGAAGCGCUUCCUGGGAGCCAUGCAUCCUUCCUUUAACCUGGUGAAGAUCAUGCGUCACAUGCUGCGGCGGACUCUGCCAGCGGACUGCCACCAUGCCGCCAAUGGGCGGUUAGGAAUCUCCCUUACCCGAGUGUCAGACGGAGAGAAUGUCCUGGUGUCACACUUCAAUGACAAAGAGGAGGUGGUGCAGGCUUGUGUCUGCAGCGCCUACAUCCCAGUGUAUUGUGGCCUCAUUCCUCCCACACUGCAAGGAGUGCGAUAUGUCGACGGAGGGAUCUCAGACAACCUGCCUCAGUACGAGCUGAAAAAUACCAUCACUGUGUCCCCGUUCUCGGGAGAGAGCGACAUCUGCCCCAGAGACACCUCCACCAACAUACACGAGCUGCGCUUCACCAACACAAGCAUCCAGUUCACGCUCACCAACCUCUACAGAGUCUCCAGGGCGCUUUUCCCCCCAGACCCCAUGGUUAUGAAGACCAUGUGUAAACAGGGAUAUAAAGAUGCUCUGCACUUUUUAAAGAGGAACGGGUUGCUUAAUUUCAAUGGACCUCACAGAGAGCUGCCUCUACUGGCUAAUGGGGAAGAAAAUGAAGAUUGUAAUGAGGAGGAGGAGGAGGAGGAGGAAGAGGAGGAGGACGACGACGAGGAGAACAACAAAAGUGAUGAAGAAGAGGAGAAGCCAGAUGUAGAAGAGGGAGCAGUCAUGAUUUAUUGCAACUCCUCUAUAGAAGAGCAUUUCAUCGAAAGCCUUCCACCCAUUCUGCACAAAGCUCUAGUUGAGGCCUGCAUGGAGAGAAGGAGCCUGAUGCAGUCGCUAAGCAACCUGCUUCCCGUCAGAAUGGCCUCAGCCAUGAUGCUCCCCUACACUCUCCCUCUGGAGUCGGCUGUGUCCUUGAGUCUCAGACUUCUGGAGUGGCUGCCAGAUGUGCAAGAAGAUGUUGGAUGGAUUCGUGAUCAGCUGUUAAAGGUCCUGCAGCACGUUCUUCGCCAAACCUCCAAAAGCAUCUCCCAGCAUGUAUCUGCCAGGUUUUACUGUCAGCUGGAGUUGCACCACUACCAGUCCCUCCCAUCCAGGAUCAGCUCCACCAGCCUGUUUCCCAACUGGGUUAAUGAGAGCGGUUUGUCAGUGAUGGAUGUCUUCAUGCGUCUUGACCAGUUCAAGAGGCAGCUGCUGUCUGGAGAGCUGUGCAUUAACAUGGACCUGCAAGGCUCCUUCAAUAGUGGACUGAUGUCACCCGAUAAGAGCCCUCCCUCCACCUUGUCACCCGAAGGCCUCACGAUGGUCGUCGUGGAUAUUCCACCUGCCGUGGACUCUGGAGAAACCAUCAGCAUCUCCUAAGAGCUUCUGGCGGGUAUCUGCUGCUGAUGCUUCAGCACUGAGGUUCAGAUGUACUUAUUCUACAUCCCGGAACAUUUUUAAAGAGUUUAAAUCAGACUUUAAAGUUUGUUUACAGCUUUUAAUUUAGAAUUGUUUUUAUUUGUAUUUUUUAGGAUGCCAGAGGGACAUUUGUAAUCAAAGAGCCCCAUUGUUUUGUUAAUGGGACUGGUAAUCAUUUACCAUAUUUACACCUAGUGUGUUAUAUUAUUAAUAUUUUGACUAAUGCAAGUCUUGGGUUACAGUACAAAUCCAAAGACCGUGUGUUUAUGGAUUUGCAUUUGAAUGCAGCACAUGUGCUCAAACACACACAAACUUGAGUUCCAGGAUGUUAGAAACAUAAUUCUACACUUGAUGUAGGAUUUAUUUUAUUUUUAAGGUGAAUUUUUAUGUUUUUGUGAAAUGUAGUCAGACUUGUAGGCAAGCACAGCGUUCCUCCUGCAUCUCUUUAUGAGCUCUGGGUCACUUCUGACCAACAGUAGAUGCAACAAACUGUUGCAGGUAGUAACUCCAUUUAUUAAUGCAAGUGUCAAUGCAGUGUUGUGAAAGACGUUUUGGCUUCAUGAUACGCCAUGAUAUGCCUUUUAAAAUUUGUAUUAAAAAUACAAAGCUGCUGUGCUCUGUUUACCCAAUUAUAGAGAAGUGUUUCUAUCAUCUUGAUAUAUCUAAAAUGUAGGUUAUAAUUAUUUUAGAUUUUCAUCUUCUCAGUAUUGAAUGUGUGCUUUAAAAUCACACAUGUUACAUGUGAUGCAAACUGUAAAUUCAAAAAGAUUUUAUUUGAAUUAAAUCUGAAUUGCACUUUCUGAAUUCAGCAGGUAAUAAAUAACCUGCUGGUAUUAAACGUUGCUUACUGUGUACUAAAUUGGUGUGUUGUAAGUCCAGCACAUUGUCAAAAUGUUGCAGGAAAUAAUAUUUAUGUGAUCAUUUAAUAAACUGGUAAUGUUUAACAUUAA